UGAGUGACUUCUCCAAAAAAAGUGUCUUAGUUCGCCGUCACCUGAGCACUGUCCCUGCUCUAAGGAGGCGACAGGCAAGCUUCGCGCUUUUUUCUUUUUACUUCAGCACCUCGUCCUCACCUCUUGGCUUGCUUGUGCCGCCAUUGGGAUCGGAGCCGUCUCUCUCUGAAGAAUCUGUCCGAAAUUGAGCUCUCUGUUCUUUGCUUUUCCCAGUCACGGGGCCGAACCGGGUUGGCCCCGGGUGAGGCCUCUUGACCAUGGCUUCCCUCUUCAAGAAGAAGACUGUGGAUGAUGUAAUAAAGGAGCAGAAUCGAGAGUUGCGAGGUACACAGAGGGCUAUUAUCAGAGAUCGAGCAGCUUUGGAGAGACAAGAAAAACAACUGGAAUUAGAAAUUAAGAAGAUGGCUAAGAUUGGCAAUAAAGAAGCUUGCAGAGUUUUAGCCAAACAGCUUGUACAUCUACGGAAACAGAAGACAAGAACUUUUGCUGUAAGUUCAAAAGUCACUUCUAUGUCCACACAAACAAAAGUGAUGAAUUCCCAGAUGAAGAUGGCUGGAGCAAUGUCUACUACAGCAAAAACAAUGCAGGCAGUUAACAAGAAGAUGGAUCCUCAAAAGACAUUACAAACAAUGCAGAAUUUUCAGAAGGAAAAUAUGAAAAUGGAAAUGACUGAAGAAAUGAUCAAUGACACACUUGAUGACAUCUUUGAUGGCUCUGAUGAUGAAGAAGAAAGUCAAGAUAUUGUGAACCAAGUUCUUGAUGAAAUUGGAAUUGAAAUCUCUGGAAGGAUGGCUAAAGCUCCAUCAGCUGCCAGAAGCUUACCAUCAGCCUCUACUUCAAAGACUACAAUCUCUGAUGAAGAGAUUGAACGGCAACUCAAAGCAUUAGGAGUGGAUUAGUUAAAAAAAUAGUAUAUUAUUUUUAUCUUAUUUACGAUUAUUUAGGAUGAAGCAGACAUCAGAUUCUUUUUACAAAACAUAUUUUGCAGAAAUGAGAAAAUGAGACCAUGAACAGUUGUUUCCUAACCCAUGGCUAUUUUGAAUCUUCUGCCAAAGAAUAUCAAUGAUGCAAAAUGGGAACAAUUUGGAUUUUAGUCAGAAAAAUUUAGAAGUUAUAUAUAAAAAGUUGACUUCUGCAUGGCACAAAGAAAUUAUACUCAAUACUCUUACUUCACAGGGUAUUUAUGUUAUAAUUCUUUUUACACUGAACACAAUCUUGUAAAAUGCCAGCAGAUACCAAUUUAGACAUGUAAAAAUAUUAAAAGUAUAUAAUUAACUCUGUAUCUAUUGUUUUCCUUUGUAAGCAGUUAUGUGUUGUGGCCAUAAGUGUUCUGUUGCCAAAUCAUUUUUAAAUGAUCUAAAAGAAAGUGCUAUUUAAACAUCUGUCUUAACCAGAAA